AUGCCACGUAAGCUACGUAAGAAUAUACGUAAGAGGAAGGGAGCAUUGAAACAUCCAAUAGUAAAACUGACACCACAACAACAGUUGCAACAACAAAUGAUGAAUGACCCCACUAUGUUGCAACAAAUGUCAAGCAACCCUAUGCUUUUAAAUCGAGUUAUUGGUGCACAGAGUGGAGGUUUAAGAGCGGAACUUUUAGCGAAAAUGGCAGGCUAUGGUGGAGCUGCAGACGGAACAGCUUAUAACCCUCAAAGUCAAAUGAAUUUGAGUUCACUCAAAAAUCAAAUAACAGAUGUCAAAAAGUCAAACAUAGACAUACAGAAACAAAUAAGUGAAAACGAAAAGAAACUAGAAUAUGACAGACAGACAAAGAAACUAAAUGAGUUAAACGUAGAGAAAAAGAAGAAAGAAGAACAACUGAAAGAACUAAGUACAGAGGAAUAUGCGAAAAAAGUGUCAGAAAAAGCAGCAGAAGUAGCAAAAAUGGAACAAGAUGUUAUAAAUUUGAAAAACCAUACUACUCAAUAUAAAGUACUGAAAGAUGAAGAGAUAAAACAAAAAGCCAUGAAGACAUAUAUGGAUAGCGAUGAGUAUAAAAAAGAAGUUGAAGCAAAUGUAAAGGUAGAAAAACUUUUACAGUUGCAAAACCAAACCGUACAGUAUGAAAACUUAGCACAAGAAAGUAAAAAUAACGACGCAGCCAUGCAAAAGGCAAUGAAAAGCGCAGAUAUUAUAAAAGCUAAUAAUGACUGGUUAGAUGCCCAAGCCAACGCUAAAGCAGCCCAACUUAUAGGGUCAAUAAGGACAAAAAUACAAGCGGAUGAAGACAGUUCAAAUGAAGCUUUAAUGAAUGCUGACUUUAAGAAUGCCUUCGAAGCUCUUCAUAGUAAGGUGAAACUAGUGAACGACUUCUCAUCUGGAAAGAAACUGAAGUCUGAAGGUUUCGACAAAGAGUUAAGAGAAGUAGCACAAAAUAUGACGAAAAUAACAGAUGCAGCAACGAGACAGGCAGUUCAAAGUGCCUAUGACGCCGUUAGAGCAGCUGUUGUGGAAAGUCAAGAAAAAGAGUUACAACAGACCAAAACAGACCUAGUAAAUGCUUUCUUAAGAACGAAAAGUCAGGUAGGACAUUAUGCUGCAGAUGGAACAUAUGUGCCAGCUGGUGGAACUUAUAUACCACCAAACCCUCCAAGAGAAGCACCUGCACCAGGACUACCUAAAACAUUUACAUCGUCACAUGGACACAGACACAGGCAUGCACCACAACAACAACCAACACAACAACCAACAGUUCAAAAUCCAGCACAGCAACCAACAGUUCAAAAUCCAGCACAGCAACCAACAGUUCAAAACCCUGCACAGCAACCACAAACAGAGCAAGGACAUAAAAGAAGUAGAGAAAAAGGAAACCAAGAAUUCUUAAAAAUGCUUAAGGAAGAUUAUGGUUACCCAGAUACUCUUGACUUUAGUGACAGAUAUAAAGAAGCAGUUAGUAUAUCUAAGUCGUGUACUGUGGCACUGCGCGCCUCCGUACACCACUUAGCUGUUUUGACACUUUACGAAACCGUUAACGUAUAUUUUACAACACAAACACAAACACCAACUUAA